CGAAAGAGAAGCAAACUAAAUUAUUUUUGAAAAAGUUUUUGUACAAAAUUGCGUUAUAGAAAUGGCUAAGAAUACCUCUAAUUCAGCAUUCCGCAAAAUAGAUAUAGAUCAGUACAACGAAGACAACUUCAGGGAUGAUGAGGCUGAGCAAGCCGUGCGCACCGGACCAGACGAGGGCGAAGUCUCCAAUUUACUCAAUCAAGGACGUUUGGUUGAUGCCCUAAGGCAUGUAUUAAGCAAUGCUCCAAUGGGGUCUUCUAACCAGGAAGUGAAGGAUAAUGCUUUGGCCCUGACUUUAAGAGUUCUUUUGGCGAUUAAGUCUGCACAAAUAGAAGAUGUUAUAGGCAAUCUUUCAAGAGAUGACAUCGAUGUUCUGAUGAAAUACAUUUACCGAGGGUUUGAGAACCCUUCAGAAGGCUCCAGUGGCCACCUCCUGCUGUGGCAUGAAAAGGCUUACAACAUCGGUGGAUCUGGAUCUAUAGUCAGAGUUCUUUCAGAUAGAAUGAAAGUGUAAGACUUAACUUAAUGUAAUUCCAUUUAGUAUUGUUUUUUUUUAAUUUUUGAAGCUA